CGCACCGUCUCGUCGCGUUGUCUCUCACCUGUUGCUGCCUGUGCCGUUGCGUUUCACCGUCCCGCGGAAUUAUUAAUUCAUAAAUGUUGAUAAAAAUGACGAGGCCUUUUCCGCAGUAGCUGUUUGACAUCGGCAGCAGACGACACAGCUAGCUUUUGGCGGCUCCUUCUGACAAGGGAGGAUAUUUUAGUUUGAACUUGUUUUUUUUUGCCCUAUUCAACGAGCCGGGAGACAGCUGAUCAGCAGGGAGUUUCAAUGUUAUAAAAGGUGCGACACUUUGUUCGGUUUCGAUCAGUCCGUUAUCACGUGUUGUGCGAGACUCGGUUUACGAACGUGUCUAAAUUGCCUUUGUCAAGAUGAGAGGCAUUACAUGGCUGGGAUUCUCCAUGGUCUUGAAGUUGGCUGAUUGUGCAGUGAUUAAAGCAGCAGGUCAAAGUGAAGAAACCCAUCAGCAGCAGUUGGAUUACUUUGGGAACCUGAACAUUCUGCACAGCUUCCUGCAGGACUACGAGGCACUCGGGUCAAAUUGGACCAAUCCAGAGUACGAGGACUACGACCACAGCGUUAUAGCAUCCCUGCAGGAUUACGUGAAUAGUGCGCGGGAAAAUGAAACGUAUUACGACCGUCCGACCGGAAGUGGAGGCUUGUCGCACCUGAAGCUCUUGACAAAGUUCUGCGGGCCGGGUAAUUGGUCUAUCAAUGGGGAGGUCACACAGAAUCCUUACUUUACGCAAAUUGAUCAAUGCUGUAAGAGUCAUGACGAGUGUCCGGACACGGUCGUGGAGCGAAGUGAUUAUGAAAAUUAUCCUGGGUUGGAACAGAAGACGCCGUGGUUUACGAGAUUACGUUGCAGCUGCGAUGCUCAGUUCUUCACGUGCUUACGAGAUGUAUCAACAUUCUUCGCUUACGCAGUGGCUUGGAUCUACAGCAAAGUACAAGCCCAUUGUUUCGAGUAUGAAUAUCCAGUUUUGGAGUGCAAAAAUUCUAUGUACGACGGACUAAUAUCAUUGCCAAGAUGUACGGAAUACCUGGUGGACAACUCGAGUCCAAAGCAAUGGCAAUGGUUCAAUGUGCCCCACCUGAGUGCAAAACAAGCAUGCUUCCCUAAUACCUCAUACCGUUACAAGUUGUUUUGGUUUGUGGCAAACCAAAGUAAAAGGAAAAUUAUUCAACAAAUGAACGAAUCACAGAGAGUAUCAAUUCCUGAUUGA